GCGCCAAUUGCGCAAGACUCGCGUGCCGUCUGCAGCAAAACGGUGGUUUGUAUUUGUUGUGAUUUCAGAUUCCAAGAUGUCGAUUGAAACAGUUCAGCCGACCGAAAACAAACCCGUACAAGAAUCACGCGAUGCCAAAAAAGAUGAUGACAAAAGUGGAGAUGAAUACGAAAGGAAAGAUCAAGAUCCUCCGUUGGAAAUUGGCGAACACUAUCUCGUGAAAAGAGGAGAAGACUCUUGGCACCCAGCAGAAAUCAUUCAGAGGAGGUACAACAAAGCCCUUGGUCUUUACGAAUACUAUGUUCAUUACGAAGGGUUCAACCGAAGACUUGACGAAUGGGUAUCAAAAGAAAAGAUUCUUAGUACACAAGUCAACAUCAAUGAAACACAUUUGAGCAAAAGUGAAAAAGUCAGUUCGCUAGACCUUUUGUUGGAACAGUCGGACAGGAAAAUUACCCGCAAUCAGAAACGGAAACAUGAUGAAAUCAACCAUGUUCAAAAAACAUAUGCUGAAAUGGACCCCACCACAGCUGCACUAGAAAAAGAACAUGAAGCCAUUACCAAAGUCAAGUACAUCGACAAAAUCCAAAUGGGCAAGUACGAGAUAGAUACCUGGUACUUCAGUCCUUAUCCUGAGGAAUAUGGGAAAGUGCCCAAAUUGUGGGUCUGUGAGUACUGUCUCAAGUACAUGCGUAUGGAGAAAACCUAUCGACAUCACAUAUGCGAGUGUACGCUCCGACAACCUCCAGGAAAAGAAAUUUAUCGGAAAGGCACGCUUUCGAUAUACGAAGCAGACGGGAAGGAGCACAAAAUCUAUGCUCAGAACUUGUGUCUCAUUGCCAAACUAUUUCUAGAUCACAAGACCUUGUACUUUGAUGUCGAACCUUUCCUUUUCUACAUUCUGUGCGAGAUAGAUAAAGCUGGCGCUCAUGUCGUUGGCUAUUUCUCAAAGGAAAAAGAAUCUCCUGACGGAAACAAUGUGGCCUGUAUUCUAACCUUGCCACCAUUUCAGCGAAAAGGCUACGGCAAAUUGUUAAUCGCGUUUAGCUAUGAGCUUUCUAAGCUGGAAAACACAGUUGGCAGCCCUGAGAAGCCUCUUUCCGAUUUGGGGAAGCUGAGUUAUCGUUCCUAUUGGUCCUGGGUCCUACUAGAGAUUUUACGGGACUUUAGAGGAUCUCUUUCCAUUCGUGAUUUGAGUCACAUGACGAGUAUCACGCAAAGCGAUAUAGUCUCAACAUUGCAAACAAUGAACAUGGUUAAGUACUGGAAAGGCCAGCAUGUCAUCUGCGUUACGCCAAAGCUGGUUGAGGAGCACAUCAAAUCAGCUCAAUUCAAAAAACCGCGACUUACGGUUGAUGUGUCAGCGAUCAGGUGGUCACCUGCUCAUCGCAAAAAUUAUCCUAAAAAUAAUAAGAAGUAAAGGUGAUUUAAAUGCACACAAAAAUAUCACUUAUCCAUUAUUGGCUUUUAUGGAUUUACUCUGCGUCCAUCGUCAUUAUCACUCCCUGUGUAUCAUCAUAUUGAUUUUCGAACAACGCCGUAUAAUCGUG